GCCCGCCCGCGGCGCCGGCGGAGCGAACAUGGACCCGGCUGCGCGGGUGGUGCGGGCGCUGUGGCCUGGUGGGUGCGCCUUGGCCUGGAGGCUGGGAGGCCGCCCCCAGCCGCUGCUACCCACGCAGAGCCGGGCUGGCUUCGCGGGGGCGGCGGGCGGCCCGAGCCCCGUGGCUGCAGCUCGUAAGGGGAGCCCGCGGCUGCUGGGAGCAGCGGCGCUGGCCCUGGGGGGAGCCCUGGGGCUGUACCACACGGCGCGGUGGCACCUGCGCGCCCAGGACCUCCACGCAGAGCGCUCAGCCGCGCAGCGUCAUCUCAGAAGACUCCUCUGGAAAACACGCUUGGCGGCCGGGCCUGGGCCUGGGGGUGCCAGGUCUAGAAGCCCUUUCCGUCUGCUGCCCGCAGCUCUCCCUGUCCAGCCGCCUGCAGCUGACCCUGUACCAGUACAAGACGUGUCCCUUCUGCAGCAAGGUCCGAGCCUUCCUCGACUUCCACGCCCUGCCCUACCAGGUGGUGGAGGUGAACCCUGUGCGCAGGGCUGAGAUCAAGUUCUCCUCCUACAGAAAGGUGCCCAUCCUGGUGGCCCAGGAAGGAGAAAGCUCGCAACAACUAAAUGACUCCUCUGUCAUCAUCAGCGCCCUCAAGACCUACCUGGUGUCGGGGCAGCCCCUGGAAGAGAUCAUCACCUACUACCCAGCCAUGAAGGCUGUGAACGAGCAGGGCAAGGAGGUGACCGAGUUCGGCAAUAAGUACUGGCUCAUGCUCAACGAGAAGGAGGCCCAGCAAGUGUAUGGCGGGAAGGAGGCCAGGACGGAGGAGAUGAAGUGGCGGCAGUGGGCGGACGACUGGCUGGUGCACCUGAUCUCCCCCAAUGUGUACCGCACGCCCACCGAGGCUCUGGCGUCCUUUGACUACAUUGUCCGCGAGGGCAAGUUCGGAGCUGUGGAGGGUGCCGUGGCCAAGUACAUGGGUGCAGCGGCCAUGUACCUCAUCAGCAAGCGACUCAAGAGCAGGCACCGCCUCCAGGACAAUGUGCGCGAGGAUCUCUAUGAGGCUGCCGACAAGUGGGUGGCUGCUGUGGGCAAGGACCGGCCCUUCAUGGGGGGCCAGAAGCCGAAUCUCGCUGAUUUGGCAGUGUAUGGCGUGCUGCGUGUGAUGGAGGGGCUGGACGCAUUCGAUGACCUGAUGCAGCACACGCACAUCCAGCCCUGGUACCUGCGGGUGGAGAGGGCCAUCACCGAGGCCUCCCCAGCGCACUGAAUGUCCCCGCGCAGAGCAGAGGGAAGGCAGCGGAAGAUGCCAGCUGCCAGGGCCUGGGGCCACUGGGCCAGCGCCUGGCGAUACUGGUUGGGGGCAGGAUCAUUCUGCCCCUUGUCCACGCACCCCCACCAGCCCUCUCGCUUCUAACACAGGGCACCUGCUGGGGCUCAGGGAUGUUAGGGACGAGUUCCAGUCCUGCCACUGCCCUGGGGCGACCCCUCCCUCUCCCUGCCUCCCUGCUCUGCCACCCCUCUUCCUGGACCCUCAGUGGCUGUCCCAUGGCUACAUCCUGUGGGUGGGGGCCCUUGACAGGACAGCAGGACGGUUUGUUUUCAGUGGAAUCCCAUCCCUGGGUUCCCCUGGUUCCCACUCUUCCCAAGCCUCCCGGGACUGGGACAUGUUUGCAAUAAAGGAAAGGUUUGUGGCGCCUGUCAUGGCAGGCAUCUCAUGGA